AUGGGCGAUGGCGGUUGCGGUUGCGGCAUAAGCAAGUUAGCAGUGAUUGAGUGGGGACAGAACGGUCAAAGGUGGCCUAAGUGGGGACGAUUGAGGGCAGGAGGAGACCCAUUUGGAAAGAUAUGUGUUCAAGUGGAUGCAUGGGGUUUGGGUUAUAUGCAGGAAGCAUUAUCAGCGUACAGUGUUCUUUUACGAAGCAACAGCAUUAUGUUUUAUUUGGAGCACUUUGGUAGCAUUUUCAGUUAUGCGUGUACUAACAACGUCAGGAAGUAUGUGAGAUAA